CAGUGACCCCAUGUAGACUCCCCUUUAAGAGACGUGGGAUGCGACGUGUGUCAUCCAACCCUGUCCAAGCACCCGCUGGGGGAGGAGAGUCUAGAUGGACGUAUAGAUAGGCUAAAUAAAUAAACAAACGACAGGGGGAAGCAGAAAAAGGAAAUUCCCUUCUGCCUUUUCCUCUUCCUGAGCAUCUUGCGCUGCGCAGUGUUGGCGACACCACCGGGGAGCUGUGCGCAUUUUUUCUGUCGAUCGAGGAGAACCAAAGCCUCUGAAGCGGCACCUCUAAGCCAAAACUGACAGGGUCCGAGAGGAAAGGAACACCGCAGUCUGACAACCGAGGAGGAAAUUGCGAGUUUAUUCCUUCAUCUUGAAAGCUUUUUUUGUGUUCAAUGCACCGAGGCGGGAGGAAAGCCAGCCAAACCUGAUGCACCCUCCAAACGGGAUAUUUGACCGACCUAUGGAGUGUUGAUUUACAUUCCGUCAUUUUCCAAGAUUUCUUUUUUGGGACAAUCAAAGCGUGCACAGCCUUUUACACUGGCCUAUUUUCUCUUCUUAGAAUAAAUUGCUGCGGGCUGAGAAAAUAGCUUUCAUUGCCAGUUGGGUGUUACAUAACCGAGUGGCAUUAGCUGUCCAAGGUGCUGAACUGAACGGUUGGAGGACUAUAACGGGACGAGUCGAGGGGAAUUCACAACCUUGCAAGGUCACAGGCCUAUCAGUCGGGGAAGAGGAAAGCGCCGCUCGCUGAACCAUUUGGGAAGCUGCUGGGUUAUAUUCAUAUAUUUCUCCCCCCCCUCCCCAAUCGUCCCUGUGGUGAAAUACAUUACUGAGGUGGUCGAUUCAACGGAGAGAAAAUGUCGGGGCAAACGCUCACGGAUCGCAUUGCCGCUGCGCAAUACCAGCUAACGGGAUCAGAUAUGGCCCGGGCUGUCUGCAAAGCCACCACUCAUGAAGUGAUGGCGCCCAAGAAAAAGCACCUGGAGUACCUGGUGUCAGCCACCAAUACCACCAAUGUUAACAUCCCUCAGAUGGCUGACACGCUGUUUGAGCGAGCUACCAAUGCCAGCUGGGUGGUCGUCUUCAAGGCCCUUGUCACCAGUCAUCACAUGUGUGUCCACGGCAACGAGAGGUUCAUUCAGUACUUGGCAUCCAGGACCUCCCUGUUCAACCUCAGCAAUUUUAUCGACAAAACCGGCUCUCACGGCUAUGACAUGUCUACAUUCAUUAGACGGUACGGACGAUACCUGAAUGAGAAAGCCUUCGCCUACCGCCAGAUGGCUUUUGAUUUCACCAGAGUGAAGAAGGGUGCUGAAGGCGUGAUGAGGACCAUGACCACUGAGAAGCUGUUGAAAGGCAUGCCUGUUCUGCAGACUCAGAUUGACACACUCCUGGAGUUCGAUGUUCAUCCCAAGGAGCUGAACAAUGGGAUCAUCAAUGCUGCAUUCCUGCUCCUCUUCAAGGACUUGGUCAAACUGUUUGCAUCCUACAAUGAUGGAAUCAUCAACCUAUUAGAGAAAUACUUCAAGAUGAAGAAGAGUGACUGUAAGGAGGCCUUGGAGAUCUACAAGAGGUUCCUGACCAGGGUGACAAAGAUUGGGGAAUUCAUGAAGCUGGCUGAGACAGUUGGAGUUGACAAAAACGACAUUCCUGACAUUAACUACGCUCCCAGCAGUAUCCUGGAGAGUCUGGAAACGCACAUGAAUGGUCUGGAGGAUACAAAGGGUGGAAAGAAGGGGUCUCCAACAAAGGGGUCUCCGACAAACAAUGUGUCUCCGACAUCAACCCCGGCCAAAUCUUCAAACGCUGUUCCCACACUGCAGCCUCCUCCUGGGGAGAGCGCUGCGGCUGCUGCUGCUCCAGAGCCGGCUGAAGAUUCCUUGUUGGACCUGGAUCCACUGUCCUCCUCGGGUCCCUCAGCAACAUCAGCUGCACCCACGUCUUGGGGAGAUCUCCUUGGAUCAGAAAUGGGCGAUUCCUUGCUAUCUGAUCCCACCCUCACGGCAGAGCCCGCCCCCUCCUCUGCAGCAGCAACGCCCACUCCUGCAGCGGCAGAACCCGGAGUCUCUCUAGCUCCUCCCACUAGCACAGCAGCCGCCACCUCCCCUGGCGCCGCCAAUAUGGAUCUGUUGGGAGAUGCCUUUGCAACACCUGCUCCCACCACUGAGGCCUCUGCAGCCGCAGCUGAAGGUGGUGCUGCCGCUACGUCCACCCCAGCCAACGCUGGAGCUGAUCCCUUUGCUUCCUCGGAAGGUAGCACCAACGCAGCAGUGUCUCCAGGUCUAGACCUUUUCGGCAUGAUGACAGUGGAGAAUAAUAACCCGGGUAGUUCGUUGGAUGCUUGUUUUAGCUCCGGGGUGCCCCAGCCUUCCCCCUCCCCUUCUCCGUCACCGCUCUUCACCUCCGCUUCCAGCACCAUCACCACAACUGCAACCAUUUCAGCUCCCAUAGCUCCGAGCACCGCCAACCCUGCAACUGACCUUUUCAGCGAUCUCUUUGAUUCCAUGCCAGACACAAGCUUCACCAAUGCAGACCCCGCUCCCAGUGCUGACUUGUUUACAGCAGCAGAUGUGUUCAGCUCCCCUGCCCCCGUCCUCUCUUCUGCACCCCCACCCAAAAUUGACACGGGAGCCAUCAUGAACCUGUUUGGUGAGUCCACAGGAGGAGACGCCACAGCUGCCGCUCCUGCCGCCCCUGGUGCUGAGCUCAUGUCAGUAUUUGAUGGCCUAGGGGAUGUAAUGAAGCCCACUGUGACCCCUCAGGCGGGUGAUGUUGACACCUCAAUGGCUAACAUGGCAAGUAAUCUCUCAAUGGGAACCUCAGCGGCUCCUCAGGUAGCUCCCCCCUGUUGGGGUGCUCCCAUGCCUGGGGCACCAGGAGCUCCCAUGAUGCCCAUGGUGAGGCCAGGCUUCGCUGCCACGGGAGCGACCCCCGGAGCACCGAUGUCUCCUGGAGUGGCCCAGAGCCCCAGAAAGCCUCCACCACCAAGGAACGCUCUGGAUGACCUCAACAUUAAGGACUUCAUGUAGACUGACUGACCUGUAAACCCCCCAAGGUUUGUCAUUGGGUCUGGAGCUCUGUGGAUGUGGAUGUCUGCACUUCCCCACUGCCUUCCCCUCCAUCAUGCCCCAGCCCCUUCAACCAGCCAGCCAUUACAUCUUCUAUCUUUGCCCUCUGACCUCCUACCAGCCGCAACCCCGCCCACCCCCCCCUAAAAGAAACCUGCCCUCCUUAUCUAAUGUUGUAGCACAACUGUGAAUGUGAACCCUAGAUACAGAAAAACAAAAUUCUGUUUAUGUGUGUGUGGGUGUGCGUGUAAUUCAGUGUUAACCUUUACUUAAUAUACUAUGAAAAAAUUAACAAAAAAAUAAUAAAUGUGUAUUUAGAUUCAUUCUGGAUUUCCGCGUAUCAGCUGACUUGGAAUGGUGGAUAUAUGUUGGUUUCUUUUGCGCAUCUCCCAGACGAGGACUGUGUUGUUAAAUGUGGACUGUGUUCGGUGUGUGUAACUUCACUGGCCAACCCCCACUCCCACUCCUCUAACCAUGUUGUCCAAACUAAUACUGAGCUAUGUUUAUGUCAUUAAAAACUUGGUUGUACCAAUAUCUGCUUGGCCAUCCAUCCUCCCACCUGUCUACUUCAAGUUUUUUGGAGAACAAUUCUUGAAAAUGUACCUGGGAACAACUUGCACUGAGAAUCUGGACUUAUCAUGGAACACAUUAAACCGUGUUCAGUUUUAUUUUUACUUUAUCUUCUUUUCUUUUUUUUAGGGAUCGUAUGAAACAUGCAAAAAUUUGUGAACUGUGUUCAAAUUGACAUAUGCAUUUUAGACUAUUUUAAAUGAUAGAUUAUACAUAUUUUCUUUAAUCUUUAUUUUAAGAGAAAAAAAAUGUAUCAUAUAUUUUUAGUUAUGUCAAAUUAUAUGGUUGGAUAAAAAGGCAAGUAGACUUAAAAAAAAUUCCCGCCUUCUUUGUACAUACAUCUCAAUCUGUAAUCAGAGGCAGUAUUGAAUGGAAACUUUGCCCUGAGUGUUUACUGUUGCGCCCUCUUCUGGUGUGGAGUGAUACUGCAUCGUAGCAUGCAACACAGGUCAACCUGGGAUCAGAGAGCUCCUUUCCUUGUCUCUGUCUCUACACAAGAUGACUUAAUAUUAGGGUGGAAAUCCAAGAGACAGGGAAGCAUUUGUGUAUGUGAUUGGAAUGUGGCCUCAGUCCUCUUUGGGUCAUUUGAGACGCAGCAGCGGUCAGUACAUUCGUUCAUGUACUGUCAUUGGAAGUCUUGAGGACUCUCACUGUAAAGCACUCAAGUAUACGCUGGAUGUUCUGUGUGUUGUUUAUUUCCAAAAGUGACUGUAUCUUAAUCCAUUGUGGCAUUAACAAAGUAUUGAAAGAAAAAUAAAGAUGAAUAUGACACAUAAAAACAAAAAGAAUGUGGAUAAAUAAUGUUUGCUAAGUAUUCAUAUGAAGGCUGUGUUGUUUUGUUUUUUUUGGUUUAUUAUGGAUGGCAUCGUCCUCCCUCCCUCACCCCCCAACCUGCAUGUGAGUCCAAAUGAGAUGCAAUAAAAGACAAAUACACUGAUCCAAACUA